GUGUGCAAGAGUUUUUUUUUAUAUAUAUAUAUAAUCAAGAAUGGUUCCACGUUCAAGAAUUUCAUAUGUAUUUCGUUGCCAAAAAUUAAAUUUAAACGCACCAUAUUCAUCCAAUACAUAAAAAGUAGUGCAAAAAAUGGUGGAGCGAAUCAAAUUUUUUUGGCACUUUGUCCCGUUUGAGACCAAGACGAGAGCCAAAUAUUUGCACCCCGCGUGAUAUUUUGCCGUUUAAAAGGUCAUCCUCGACCAAUGCUGAGCGCAGCCUCGCGCACCCUAGCGUGGAAAAACGAGGGUGAAGAAUUUUCUCAGACCCUGUCAGUUUGCCUCAGACCGGCGAUUGCGUCGCAUUAAAAAUGGAAGCGUGAAAAAACUUGUCUAGUUUUGGCUGUUCUGCGAGGUGUGAAAUCCGAAAAGCGUGAAAAUGAGGCGCUCGCCCAGUCCUACCGGUGACCAAGGCAGGGUUCCCAUUCCUCCCCCAAGGAGCCCAGUCGGCUCUUACGGCCAGUACAAAGCUAUCCAGCCCAGACUGGGGCCAUUGUCGUCUACUUAUUUGCCUGCAGCGACUCUGCCGAGGCAGACGUACUCGACUGCCCUUUCGGCGCCCUUCCAGCCGUUGGGCCGCCCCAUCCAAUACAGCAAGCCGCCUCGCUCGACCCCCCUGCCGGCGUUGGAUGGGCCCUUGCGGCCCACCAGCCUGCAGCCGCCACAGGAGGCGCCCGAAAACCGCGUUCUCACGCCUGGCCAUCGCGCCCUUUCUCCUUCUUUCAUGGACCUCAACUACUGCCUCUGCUGUCCGCCGAACGACAUGCGUUUCUCGGACGCGCUGCUCGCCAAACCGCGCUUGCCUCUGCGGCGGCCCUUCGUCGUAGGAGGAGACAGUGAUCGAGACUACAUCGGCUUUGCAACGCUGCCAGAGCAAGUACAUCGCAAAUCUGUGAAGCGCGGCUUCGAAUUCACGCUGAUGGUAGUUGGCGAAUCGGGUCUGGGAAAGUCGACCCUGGUCAACAGCCUCUUCCUCAGUGACCUCUACAAUGACCGGGUCAUUCCUGACGUCAGCGAGCUCGUCUCACGCACAACCGCGAUUUCGAAGCAGACCAUGGACAUCGAAGAGCGAGGUGUCCGUCUGCGGUUGAGCGUCGUGGACACGCCUGGUUUUGGCGACGCCCUGGAUGGCGAAGACAGCUGGAGGGCCGUUUGCACAUACGUUGAGCAGCAGUUCAGCCAGUAUUUCCAGGACGAAAGCGGACUGCACAGAAAGAACAUUCAAGAUAACCGCAUCCAUUGCUGUCUCUACUUUGUUCCGCCCUACGGCCAUGGCUUACGGCAGCUUGACGUGGAAUUCAUGAAGCGGCUUCAGAACAAAGUUAAUCUGGUCCCAGUGAUAGCCAAAGCCGACACACUAACCCACGCAGAACUGAAGAAGCUUAAAGAUCGUGUUUUGGCUGAUUUGGAGGAAAAUAAUGUCCAGAUUUACCAAUUCCCUGACUGCGACUCCGAUGAAGAUGAUGAGUUUAAAAAACAGGACGAAGAGCUGAAAAAAUGUGUUCCAUUUGCAGUUAUUGCCAGUAAUACAACCCUAGAAGUUAAUGGCAAGAAAGUACGAGGCCGUCAGUACCCCUGGGGAGUAGUUGAAGUGGACAACCCUCAGCAUAGUGACUUUGCUCGCCUGCGUAGCUUCCUUGUUUCCACUCACAUGCAAGACUUAAAGGACGUCACGCACGACCUGCACUACGAAGCUUUCCGCGCACAUUGCAUCGCGCAAAUAUCACAGCAAGCAAUGAAAGAUAGAGGAAAGAGCAAGAGAGACUCAACUGGACCGCACCUUGACAUUGGCACAGAGACAGAUCGAUUGUUAUUGCAAAAAGACGAAGAGAUUCGUCGAAUGCAAGAUAUGCUGGUUCAAAUGCAACAGAAGCUGCACAAGCAAAGCUCUACAGGCUCACAAGGCAACUUGCUCGAUGAGCUCACUGUUCCUGCCAAUCCGAAUCAACGGGACAGCGUCGUAGACGUGUAACGUUUUGUGUGCAGAGCUCGAAACCUGAGGUUUUUAUUUCUGCAUUGCCAGCCCUUAAUUGUUAUUAUUUAAUUUUGCACAAUUUAAAUAUUUAUUGGAAUUUAAUAUCCACUAAUCUAAGGAUUUUUAACUAUGAAUUAUUACAAAGUUUAAUUCAAAAUAAUUUGCGAAAACUCCCAUGGUGAGGUUCUUUUCUAAAUCAUCGAAUGAUCAUGACACUUUGCAAGAGAAAAAAUUCAAUGCAAGUGUUUUAAAAAUAUUUUGCAUGAUCUCAACUGAGUGUGACUAAUCAGAUGAUGAAACAACCAUAACCCCAGACAUACAUUAGAUAAAUGUCAGCUAUCUAGUCAUGAAAUGUUUGUAUUAAUAAUAUUGCAUGUAAUUUCUUCAAAUGAUUAUUCUUGAAUUUAGGUAAUUUAUUGAGAAAAAAGUAUAGUAUGUGAAAAAGUAAGCAAAUAUAAGUAAUUUUACUUAUGUAUAUUGGAAUAAAAUGGAGAUAAAUCAAUAAAAUAUGGAAAUGGAUACAUGCACAAAGGUGAUAUCCUUUCACAAGAAU